AUGGAAAGUCCAGACAACGAUGAAUAUCCAGCUCGUCAUGGAUUGGUGCCCUUGAUUGUCAACAACAAUGAAGUGGUGACGGAAAUCACAUUUGAAGUGAUUAGCCCGCUUAACAACAAAGCCAUAUAUCGAUCUUCUGCAGCCUCUGCUGGUGAGGCAAUUGGUGCAGUCGAUGCAGCCCAUGCAGCGUUCUCGACAUGGUCCAAGACGAGCCCUGCGGAGCGUCGCACGCUUUUCAGUAACGCCGCUGACUUAAUGCUCUCUCAACGAGAAGUGUUAUCCACAUACCAAUAUUUGGAGACGGGCAGCGAUAAGAAAAUCGCCGAGCACACCGUAAUGCUUGGAGUAGACAUGCUUCGAGCGCUCGCAGGGGUUGUUUCAUUAGUCGAAGGAAUAUUACCGACAGUGGCCAAUGUCAAUCAGAGCGCAGUGGUUCUGAAGGAACCGUACGGCGUAGUACUAGGGAUUGCUCCAUGGAACGCUCCAUUCAUCCUGGGAACUCGUGCCAUCGCGAUCCCCUUAGCAGCGGGAAAUACGGUUGUUCUGAAGGGCUCGGAGCUAUCCCCUAAGUGCUUCUGGGCUCUGGGAGACAUAUUCCGUCAGGCUGGAUUCCCAAAGGGCAGUGUGAAUGUAAUUUAUUCACGAAGAGAGGACGCAGAAGUGGUGACGAACAAGUUGAUUUCCCAUCCCUCGAUACGAAAAAUCAAUUUCACAGGCAGUACGAAUGUCGGCUCAUCAAUUGCCUCUCUUGCUGGUCAGCACCUGAAGCCGCUGGUCCUCGAACUAGGUGGCAAAGCCCCGUGUAUUGUUCUAGACGAUGCAAAUUUGCAGAAGGCUGCUGUAGGAUGCGUAUCCGGCUCUUUUAUGAAUGUAUCCUCCUAUUCUCAGUCUCACUCUGGUCAAAUCUGCAUGGCAACCGAGCGCAUUAUCGUGCAACGCAGUAUUGCGAAUGAGUUCCGGUGCAUUCUUGUUAAUACCGCCGAGAGAAUGUUUGGCACCAAUGCACCUCUCAUGACUCUAAUUUCAGUAGGGGCUUUGGAGAAAAUCAAAGGGCUUGUUUCCGAUGCGGUUAGCAAAGGUGCUCAGCUAGUCUUUCAAGCCGAUGCAAUAGACAAUGCCAAUGCAACUCACAUGGGCCCUACCAUUAUCACCGGACUAGAACCUGGUAUGAAACUGUAUUACGCAGAAUCUUUUGGUCCAGUGGCUUCAUUACAUGUUGUAGAGACCGAAGAAGAUGCCGUCGCGUUAGCAAAUGACACUCAACAUGGUCUGACGGCAGCGUUGUAUACAGAAGAUUUGGCACGGGCCUGGCGGCUAGCCAAGAGGCUCGAAUCAGGUGCGGUUCAUAUCAAUUCGCCAACCAUACAUGACGAAUUCGAAUUACCCCACGGUGGCUACAAGGACAGCGGAUUUGGUCGCUUCGGAGGAGGACCACGAGCGUUGGACGAAUUCUUACAGACCAAAGUGGUGACUUGGAUGGAUUAA